GUAGUAUUGAAGGCAAACAGGAUUUUAAAUCUCCUGGACUCUUGCGUGGAGCUCGGGGAGGGGGGACGGGGGGGGUUUGGGCUCUGGCUCGUGUCGGUGAAUCCGCAGUGAUUUCCUUUGCUGGAGUUCCAGUGCACGGGCUGCGCUAACGCUACCUGCUCCGCCGUUGCACGGGGUUUGCGUAUGAGCUCCCUUCGAACGCGAGGCUUGCUUUGGUCGGUGAGAGGAGGAAUUAUCCCCAUGGCCAAAAGAUGUGCCCUACUUUGGAUAUUCCUGCAUUGAAUGUCUGAGGAGCUCCAGCCGAUCCUGAGCCAUGUCGCAGAUGUUGCACAUAGAGAUUCCCAACUUUGGGAACACCGUUCUGGGCUGCCUGAACGAGCAGCGGCUGCUGGGGCUGUACUGCGAUGUCUCCAUCGUGGUGAAGGGCCAAGCCUUCAAGGCGCACCGGGCGGUCCUGGCCGCCAGCAGCCUCUACUUCCGAGACUUGUUCAGCGGGAACAGCAAAAAUGCCUUUGAGCUGCCAGGUACCGUCCCCCCCGCUUGCUUCCAGCAGAUCCUCUCCUUCUGCUACACCGGGAAGCUGACCAUGGCGGCGAGCGAGCAGCUGGUGGUGAUGUACACGGCGGGCUUCCUGCAGAUCCAGCACAUCGUGGAGAAAGGGACGGACUUGAUGUUCAAGGUCAGCUCUCCCCACUGUGACUCUCAGACCACCAUGAUCGAAGACCCCAGCUCGGAGCCGCAGAGCCCCUGCAACCAGCUGCAGUCGGCCUCGGCGCCCUACGUCAUGUCCCCUUCCAUGCCCAUCCCGCUCCUCACGCGCGUCAAACACGAGAACCUCGAGCUGCAGGCAGCUGCCCUGCCCGGCCUGCCCGGCAAGCGGCCCCUCGAGCCCGGCGCCCGCGAGGGGACUGGCGGCGGUGGCCCCAACGCCGGUCCCCUGAAGCUCUCCCGCGUCUCCUACUACGGGAUGCCCAACCUGGCCACCCUCAUCCCCAACGUCCAGCAGGUCCAGUACUCGCAGGGGGAGCGGACGAGCCCCGGCGCCAGCAGCAUUCCCACCACCGACAGCCCCACCUCCUACCACAACGAGGAGGACGAGGAGGACGACGAGGCGUACGACACCAUGGUGGAGGAGCAGUACGGGCAGAUGUACAUCAAGUCCUCGGGAGGCUACUCUGUUGCUCAAGAGAAGCCAGAGCAGAUCCCACUGGAGAACCGCUCCUGUGUCCUCAUACGACGGGAUCUAGUUGCUCUCCCAGCCAGUCUUAUCAGUCAAAUCGGAUACCGUUGCCACCCGAAACUCUACUCAGAGGGAGAUCCUGGAGAAAAACUUGAGCUCGUUGCAGGCUCAGGUGUUUACAUCACCCGGGGGCAGCUGAUGAAUUGCCACUUAUGUGCCGGUGUCAAACACAAGGUCCUUCUGAGACGUCUUCUGGCCACCUUCUUUGAUCGGAACACGCUCGCCAACAGCUGCGGAACUGGAAUCCGGUCCUCCACGAGCGAUCCCAGCAGGAAGCCCCUGGACAGCAGGGUUCUUAAUGCAGUCAAAUUGUAUUGUCAGAAUUUUGCCCCGAGCUUUAAGGAAAGCGAGAUGAAUGUUAUAGCAGCCGAUAUGUGCACCAACGCCCGCCGGGUCCGCAAGCGCUGGCUGCCGAAGAUUAAGUCCAUGCUGCCAGAAGGGAUGGAGAUGUACCGCACGGUCAUGGGCUCCACCACAAACAGUGUCCCCCUGGAUCCUGAAUUCCAGCCCAACACUGCUCAGGUCUUUGAGCAGCGAAUCUAUGCAGAAAGGAGGAGCGAUUCAGGAACUAUAGUAGCCUUGAGAACUAACACGGUGAACGUAGAGCUAAGCAAUGGAUCCAACCAGUCCUUCGAACAGAGCGAGGAUGCCGAAGGGGCUGGCUCUGUGAUACAGGAGGCAGCUGCCACAGAUGCUAUGGCAUCGGAUACCCAAAGCACUCCGCAACCUUUUGAACAAGGUUCGGGCUCCUCCAGCCGGCCCGAAACUCCCGUGAGAAGACAAGAUGGUACUUACGGAGGGACUUUAUAAAGAGAGCAAACGUUUCGUGACCUAUAAGGGAUCUGUAAUACUAAAGCUGCUUGCAUGCAUUACUAAUACAAAACAAAAAAUGUGAUCAAGCCACUUACCUACUGAACUGCUACUGUUGCCUGAAAAAAAUGUGAUUUUUAUUCUGCUUGUAUUUAAAAUUUAUGAAGGAAAUAAUCGCAUUCGUUAUACUGUAAACGACUAGGUCUGUGGCGACCUACUUAAAAAAAAAUAUUGGGCUCCUUUUUUGAUAUUCCUGAGGUUAGUCUAUAAGAUUGUAGCUUUUUCUUUUUUUUUUUUUUUCCUUUUUUUUUUUAAUUUUAAGAAGGGGAGGAGAAAAGCUAGCCAACCCCCCCCAACCACCACCACCACCCCCCAUCAUCACCACCCCAUCCAUUACUCAGCUCAGAAGUAAAGCCAUCGUUAACCUUGUCCUCUAAAGAAAGUUUUACCGUCACUUAACAGGAAAGCAAGGUGUGUUAGGGUACAAGUGCUGUGACUGGCGAUGUUUGUCUCUAGCAGAAGGGCUCUAGCCAAGUGGGACAGGGUGGGGGAAAUCGUUAGAGGCUUCUGGUGUCGGAGGGAGCCCCUUGCCGUGGGUGCUGCGGGGCAGGGUGCUGCGGGGCAGGGUGCUGCGGUGCCCGGCCGCUGCCGGAGGCUGGCGGAGACUCGGUGCCGUUGUCUCGGGGAUUUUUAUCCAGUUCCCGGGAGCAGGGAUGGUUCCGCGGGAGUUGAGGCUUGCACGUGUCAGGAGGACUGCGUGGGAUGCAGGUGGAGACCCUGGCCGGUGUUGUGGUUGUUGUCGGGUUUUUUUCCCCCAAUACAGCUGGGUUUUGGGUUUGGUUUCUCCCUCCCUCCCUCCCAGCGACUCCUUUUCGUUUGCUUCUCCUUGCUUGCAACUUCACGUCACCCGCUUCUUGGGCGAACAGGCUCGCGUCACCCCACCGCAACAAGGUGUGCAGGCAGGCGGACCAAGUCCUGGGGCCACCUCCUCGGGGGGGGAGUAGCCCCCCUCGGCCACCUGCGAAGGGCUUUGGAGGGGAAUCUGAGCACGGAAAGCAUGUUGGUCUUGCUCCGAAGGGCACGGAGCCGGGAGCUCUCGGCGUCGGCUUCCAGCAGCAUCCGCACUGGAGGCAGGGCACGGUGCAGCCGCUGGCGUGCGGGGCUCGCCUGCCGCCCCCUCCCCUCCUCCCCAGGCCACCCAGACUCUCACUUUUUAAUAAUUUGGAGUGUACUGGAUGCACAAAAAGUAAAAAAAAAAAAAAAUUAGCAUUGUGCCCUUCUGUGAAGAGGUUUUGGGAAAGAGGAAGCGGUUUGCCUCUUGCUCAUCCUCUGGACAGGCCCUUCUGGGGAAAAGCCCAAUGUUGAGUUAUUUGCCUUUUUUUUUUUUUUUUUUUUUUAUUGAAAGCUGAUGUCCCCAGGCUGUGUUGGCUUUGGUGGCCCCAGCUGGCCUCGGCUCGAUGGUGCGGGCGCAGGGAUGGGACCUGCAGGUGCCCCUGGAGCCUGGCCGGGCAGCGGGUACCAGCUCACCCCCUCCGCUUGCUGCCUCCUGCCUGCAUCGGCUCUGCCCGCUCGCCCUUAGAAAUGCCCCAAAGCGACCGUAACCCUUCCCGCAGACCCGGCUCCCGCAGGGCGCUGGGCACAGUCGCUGCCCGUCCCCGCUCGCCGCGGCUUCGCCCUGGGUGCUGCCGCCGGGCUGGGGGGUGCCGGGCACCCGCGGGGAUGCUGAAGCCGGCGUGCACCCAAGGGAUGGGGGCAGUGACGUGAAAGCCAAGUAUGGCUUUUUUUCUUUUCUUUUUUUAAUUAUUAUUUUUACAGUGAUUAGGCGGCCUGCUUUAAUGGUAUUUGCAGCUCGUUCUUUCACGAGUUUGGGACUAUUGAACAAAUGCAAGGUGCACCGAGAGUCGCUUUCGAAGGCUACUGUGGCUGCGCUCUUCUUCUCUUUCCUGCUUUGGUUCCUGAAUCCAGACGGCGCUUUGCUCAGGGUUUUUCUUCCUUCUUUGUAUUUCCAUUGGGAAAGGGGGAGGGGGGAGAGGAUAACCCAACUUUUGGCCAUUUGUUUUCUUUUCUUUGAUACUUGAAGCAGUUUUUUGCAUCGUGGCAACAAAGCUGUCCGGCGCUUAGCCUGCUCCACUGCUCCUUGCCCCGAGAAAAAAACAGUCAAGGACGGGGCGGUCUCUGCCUCACGUCUUGCACAGCUCUUGAGUUUUGGCACGGCUUGGCUUGGGUGGACCGUGACGCCCCGGACCGGGCGCCCUGCUGCCGCCGGGGUGGGGUGGGGUGGGGGGGCUGGUGCAGGUGACGGCGUGAUGAGCCGGUGCGGAGGUGCGCGAUGCUUCGGGGAGCGGGGACGAGCACGGCCGGGGGCUCUAUUUGCACUUUACCCACGUCAGCAAACAAAACUCGCGCUCUCGCCGAAGCCCGGAGCUGGCGCAGCUCGUCCCCUGCCCGGCGUUGCCUCGGGAGGAGGCUCCUUCUUGCGCGGUGAUGCCCGUCGGUGCUUACCCGUGCCGGGGGCACGCGGCCGGAGGACGGAACAUGAGCGGGGGGUGUACCGGGGACCACGGGGCUGAGCUUGGGGUGGGCUUCUUCCCCGGACGCUCCCGAGGAGACGGAGCGAUCCGGUUCCUUGGCCCCGAGGGUGUCCCUGUCCCCCGUGGGAGCGGUUUCUGGGGGGCCAGCUCUUGGGCAGCUCGGCCAGGUUGGCGGGGCUCGGGGGGUCAAGUUUGGCUGAGGCCCCUCCUGAUGCCCCAAAGUUUGGGUUUGCCAAAAGUUUGAGGCAAGCUGGGAGCAGGUCGGGGUGUCGGAGAUCAAAAGUCGUCCCUUCGUUGUGUGUCUGUGUGCAUAUAUAGAUAUAUUAAAGAUACUGCAAAGGAUUCCUCCUCCUUUUUGGCACUUGCUGGGGUUCGGUGAGCAGGCUGAGCCCGCCAGCCGGGGUUCGCAGUUGGCUGCAGGUAUUAAUUCUGGACCAAACCCGCGCCCAGACAGACGGCUCCGGCCGGCGGGGCCACCCCGGGGGGGGCAGCAGCAGAAGUACUUGAAUGGCUUAGGACAGAGAGUCUGAAGAGAGUCAAGUUGCACAGUGAAAAUAUAUAUUUUUAUACCUAGCACAACUUCCUGUAUAUUUUUGGGGUUUUUUCUUUCUUUUUCUUUUUUCCUUUUUUCUUUUUUUUUUUUUUUUUUUGAUUUGGGUUUGUUUGUUUUAUUAAUUAUUUUAUUAGGAAGGCAAACUUCUAAAAUGUGAAGGGCGUUGGGUUUUUCCUUAUCUGGUAGAUGAGGGCAAGCAUUUUGCACUAAUGUUUCCUGUGUGUGGAGGAUUAAUGAUAUGUUUGAAAAUGUUAUAUGGUAAUGAUUGUAUUCUUCCGAAAAAAACAAAAACAAAAAAAAAGAGUAACCCCUUUAAAAUACUGAAUGUAAGGUGAGAACAGAGCAGUCCAUCGAUUGUAUGCGGCUUUCCUGAGUGCCUUAGAAUUUUUUGAUCAUUUUUUCCAAGGAAAACAGAUUAAGAAGAUCAGAUCAUAACCGACUCCUUCCUCCUCUUUGUUUACGACACUAUUUUAAAUUAUAGAAUUUGGGGCUGCUUUAUAAUGUGAAUAGGAAACUGCAUUCAUCUAGGUCUGAUAGUGUAAAAUCAAAGCAUCAGUAUUUAUGGUAUGUCUGCACCUUUAUUCUUAUGCUUGACUAUUAGCAAUAUUACAUGUAUAUUAUAUAUCUAAAGUUAUACCAAGCACCUUUAAAGAAAACGGAGUGUAAGCAUACAAGUUACCUGCAGCUGCCAUAUAGUGUAGAAGCCAGCCCCUCUCCUCCUCGUUAGCGCCAAUUAACACCACCAUCCUGAGAGCUGCCGCUUUGCAGAAGGGCUGCAUGACCUUCUUCUGCCGCACCCCGGUCCCGCGUCCCGGCGUCCUGCGGGCCCAGCUUUGCCCGGGGGGUCGCGGUGAAGCCCCCCGUGUCCCGCGGGCCGGUGACGUUCCCGCGCCGCUUUGGUGGCGGCGGCGACGCCGGCGCGGGCGGGAGCUGCCCGCGGAGAGGGAAGAAGUUGGGGAGCGGGUCCUUUUUGCCGCCUUGAUGGUUUAAUUCUUCUAACUGUGGUUUCACCCUAAAAAUUCCCCGGGGGAGGGUGGGUGGGUGCGGGGCUGGUGGCGGGGGAGCCCGGCCGUGGGUGCCGCGCACCGGGGCUCCCCUCCUGCGGCCGGGCGAGGGGCUCGACCCCACGCGGCCCCCCCAAAACUGGAAUUGCCCACGGCUUGACCAGCGUUUGAGGGAGCGGAGCGUCCUAGCCGUGGCGUUACGCGGGGGGCCGCCGCCUCCCCUCAGCCCUUUGCCGCCGGGUUUUCGCUCGUGGAUCGCUUCUUUUUCUGGAAAUAGCUCGCCGCCGGUGGAGAAGGGCCAACGGGAAAACCGGGACGAGCCCCCGCCGCCUCCCCGGCAGUAAAUCCCCACCACCCCAUUGCCAGUCCACAGCCAUCUCGGGCUUCAACUGCUGUUCAAAGUGUUCCUGCUGUCCGAAUCGGUCGCGCCGCGAGCGAGCGAGCGAGCCCCGAGCGCGCGGGGUGGGAGGGAAGCGAGCGGGAGCUCCCCAGCCCCGCUCGCCCGGGGGGGCUGACGUCUAACGCACUCACAUUGGAAACCCCUCAACUCCUCCGAUGAGUUUCUUCCACUGUUUAAGCGUUUUGCACACAAAAUUGUGAUUUUUAUGUCAAGGUAAAAGCCAAAACUUGCAAUACUAUUUUUAGCAGACAAAAAAAAAAAAAAAAGAAAUAAUAAAUAAAUAAAAAAAAAAAAACAACUGAGUAUAAAUGUAUAAAUAUUUUUGACUUGAACAUUUGGAUGGCACUUGAUUCAAAUAGAACAUUAAUCCUUUGGACAGAAUGUUUGGGAAAAAAAGGACUUAAAGUACAAGGUUGUUUUUAAAGCGUCUUCAUAGGGUAUUAAGUAGUACUGUAAUUCAUGACUGUUAAAAAUACUUUCUGUGCUGUACGGAAAUCUCACAGUACCACUGAAUUAUGUUCCUCAACUGUCUCAGCCACGAACGAUGCUAGCUUCUUUUUUUUUUUUUUUUUUUUUUAUCGUGCAUUAUUCACUAGUAUUUAUGUGCUCUUACUCUGUAUAGUUAAGACUGUUAUUUUGUAGCCAUGGCUGACACGAUAUAUCAGUAACUAAAAAAAAAAAAGAGAAAAGAUUAAGACCCCCGAGUUGGAACUGUGCUCAUAGCUGUUUUCAUAUGAUGAAAAAUCCAUUUAAAAAAAAAAACCCCAAUGUGAUCAUUAAUUGUAAAACGCUUUGUAAAAUUCACAUUUACAAAAUAAUAAAGUAAAUUACAAUUAAAAGGUU